AUGUCUACCGUGGACGAUUAUUUGAACAUGGAUUUGACUUCGAGUCCCAUACGUCCUUCUCACAUUCCUUCAGGCUCUCCUUCGAUCCCUCCCACUUCUCCAAGUCGUUCAACCUCGCCUAUCCCUCACAUCGAACUUCCAGAUCAGCUGGCUCCUCAGUCAAUGUCGUUGACGCGGAAACGCCCUGCUGAAGAUGAUUCGGCUUUCAUUGCGAAAACUGCACGCUCCCACAAGCUGGCGAAAUCCGAUACAGAAGAAUUGACUCUCUUUUCAAAGCACACUCCUGGCCAACAACGUGUUCUCUUGGCUGCAAGCCUUUUGAGUAUUCAUUCAAAGCUCGCAAAAAUUGACCCGCCAAAUGCGGUCUACGCAGUUCCUAGUCGGCUUGUGAAAAAGAUGGACAUGAUCAUGUACCGUGUCCUUCUUGAUCCCUCGCUUCCAGCAUAUCUCACUGAUGAGAUCCCACUCAAGAAAAGCCUGGCUCUUCUCGAGAAUAAUACAUCCUGGGGUCUCACGAAAGAAGUCAAGGAUUGCGAGAACAAAAUGCACACCAUAGCUACCAUGAUGCGAAAGAAGUUCAACACGGGACGUCAUGAUAUCAAAGGACUGUUGAUUAGUUCUGUCGGCAACCCUCAUCCAGACGAUCCCUCACGGCAGUCGGAUUCGCUCAACAUUGUUGAGCUGUCUGAUAGCCUCAUUACGCUCAACGAGAAGUCUGUCACUUCUACCAGCGUGGAACUCUGUGCUCGUGUGGCCUUCUUGCGCCUUGCCGCUUCGGAGAAGAAGAAUACCGGAGGUAGCUUCUGGAAAAUCCUCGAUACAAAGCUCGUUGAUGCAUGCAAGAGGUAUCAAACCCCACAGACGAUAUCAAAAUUCUUUGGGAAGAUUCUCGAGGAUGACCUCAAGAAAUAUGGCACUGUUAACGUACACCAAGCCGUCCGAGAUCGUCAGCGUGACAAAUUGCCUCGCUUUCCCAAUGGUGAUGACGACGAGGACGAUGAUUAA